AUGCCGCAAUAUGUCUACGGCAAAAAGGCUCGAGCAGUCUACGAUCCAUUCUGCGUCUUCGGCAGCCCGCAACGCAUACCGCCAGGGAAUCUCGACCAAGUCCGGGAUCUGGUCAUCACAGACGCUUUCGAGAAUCUGAAGCUUGACGACCGAACAACGAAGAAAGGACCUAAGGGCAAGAGAACGGUGCUUGGGGAGAAGAGUCCUAACAGUGUUGCGUUGGCUGUCGAGCUACCAAAACAGGAAUCUAAGCAGAAGUGGAGGCGGCGAGCGAGGAAGACUGUGGUAGAGGAUACGGAUGAUGAGGAGAAGGUGGUAAGCGAGGUGCAGGACUUUGGCGCAAAGACACAAGCGUCUACGAAGGUCGAGAAGAAGCAAGACAAGCAUGACGAGAUGCAGGAGCAGCAGGCUGCACAUGACAGCAAUGGCUUCGAUGAUGUCCCUCUGUUCGUGCUGGACCACGGCUACGACACAGUGGAAGAAGACGUGGAUGUAGUACCAAGCGCCAUCAGUGUCGUCAAAUCUCCCAGCACAAGAAGAGAUAUGCCAGUGUCAGCGCUGGACGGAUCAGAGACUCCAUCAAUCACAAUCCUACCGCCAACACCACCUCCCGCGGACGAAUAUACCGAACACUGCGCCAGCCUCCUCACUCUUUCCAACCACACCCUAACCGACUUCGCCUCAUGGUCAGCCCAGCUCUCGAGCCAUUUCGACAUCACGAAGAUCGCUGAGGCUUCCUUUGGCGAGGUAUAUCGCCUCUCUCUCCAAGAACAACUCCCUGGCUUCUCAAGCAGCGACGAGUCUGUAUUCAAAGUCAUUGCUCUGAAACCUCCUCCGGCUACCAUACCGGUCGAGAAGCGCAAACGAGAUGCUGUGAAGAAGAAAGCAGAAGCCAUGAGUGACCCGGAAGACGUCGCCAACGAGGUUCGCCUGCUGCAGCGCAUGAGCCCUAUACCUGGUUACACCAAUUUCCGCGAUGUGCGGUUAGUCAAAGGCCGGCCUCCAGCUCCGUUCACGAAAGCCUUCAAAGCAUGGAACACGGCGCAAAAAGCUCGCAAGAAAGACCCCAGCCAUUUCCCGGACCCUUCGAAGAAAACCAGCUACUCAGAUGACCAGCUCUGGGCAGUCAUAGAAAUGCAAGACGCAGGCACCGACCUCGAGAACCUCGUCGAGCGCGGCGAAUGCAGCACCAUCUGGCAGGUCUGGGAUAUCUUCUGGCAAGUCGUGCUCUCGCUUGCCAAAGGCGAAGAAGGAGCUCAAUUCGAACAUCGAGACCUGCAUCUCGGCAACAUCUGCGUGCGCCAACCUCCUACUGCUGCUGAUGGCAAAGCGACGGAAGAGGACAUCGACCCCAAGCGCAAGCUCAACUUCACCCCCGUGGAAACAACCAUAAUCGACUACACCAUCUCCCGCGCCCUCAUGCCCGACACCUCAAUCGCCUACCAAGACCUCGCCCGCGACAGCGCAAUCUUUGAAGGCGACAGCACAGAAGAGUACCAGUACGACAUCUACCGCUACAUGCGCGGCGCGGUUCUCUCCAACGACCCUUACGCCGAAACACCCUUCCCCCAACCCCCCUCCGGCGCAAAUGCAGAAGAACGCUCCUGGCCCCAAUUCCACCCAGUCACAAACCUAAUCUGGCUGCACUACCUCCUCUACAAACUCCUCGAAGCCGUCGAGUGGCCUUCUGCGACCAAAGCGCCGUCGAAAAGGAAGAAAGAGGCUUUUGUGCGGUGGAAACGGGCGAAUGAUCUGGAGUUUGUGCUUUUGCGGGUGCAGGAGUUGUUGGAUCCGAGCGUGGUUUGUGGGGAGGAGGGACUGGGGAGUGCGAGUGAAGUUGUUGGGCUGGCGCUUAGGGAGGGCUGGUUGGGGGUGGAGGAUGUGGUUGGGCAGGGUGGUGACGAGGGUGACGGAGAGGAGGCAGAGGAGGAGUUUGGGGAUGGGCUUGCGAGGAGGCUUGGAGAGCUGAAGUUGGAGGAAAUCGAACAGGCUGCCAUUGUGGUGGAUGCCGAAGAACCUGAGAUCAAACCUCGCACGCGGAGGAAGCGAUGA